AUUUGGAUCUAUUGACAGCACUAAUUAGUAUUAAUGUGUAUAUAUAUAUUAGUGUUAGUGUAUAUAUAUUUGUGUUAUUGUGUAUAUAUGCUGUAGUCACUGAGACGUCUGAUUGUCCAUGAAGGAGGCGCUCAGCCCGUAGUGACCGGAGUCCUCGUCGCCAUGGGGAUCCUGCUGCUCAUCGCCAUGGUGACCGUCGCUGUGAUCUGUUACCGCAGGAGGUCUCUCUCCUCAGCGAUCAGUGAGACUCAUUACCAGAUGGGACAUACGAUGAAGGUGUACAUCGACCCCUUCACCUACGAGGAUCCUAACGAGGCGGUGAGAGAAUUCGCGAAAGAGAUCGAGGCGUCCUUCGUGAAGAUCGAGGAGGUGAUAGGAGCCGGUGAGUUUGGGGAGGUGUGCCGCGGCCGGCUCCGGCUGCCGGGCAGGAAGGAGAACUACGUGGCGAUAAAGACUCUGAAGGGCGGGUUCACGGAGAAGCAGAGGCGGGACUUCCUGUCCGAGGCGUCCAUCAUGGGUCAGUUCCAGCACCCCAACAUCAUCCACCUGGAGGGCGUCAUCACCACCUCCUGUCCUGUGAUGAUCCUCACUGAGUUCAUGGAGAACGGAGCGCUGGACAGCUUCCUCAGGAUGAAUGACGGGCAGUUCGCCCCCCUCCAGCUGGUGGGGAUGCUUCGGGGAAUCGCUGCUGGGAUGAAGUACCUGUCGGACAUGAGCUUCGUGCACAGAGACCUGGCCGCGCGGAACAUCCUGGUGAACGCCAACCUGGUCUGCAAGGUGUCGGACUUCGGGCUCAGCAGGUUCCUGACGGAGAACUCUUCAGACCCGACGUACACCAGCUCUCUGGGAGGGAAGAUCCCCAUCCGCUGGACGGCGCCUGAAGCCAUCGCCUACAGGAAGUUCACGUCGGCCAGCGACGGGUGGAGCUACGGCAUCGUGAUGUGGGAGGUGAUGUCGUACGGGGAGCGGCCGUACUGGGACAUGAGCAACCAGGACGUGAUCAACGCCAUCGAGCAGGACUACCGGCUGCCCCCCCCCCCGGACUGCCCCUCCUCCCUGCACGCUCUCAUGCUGGACUGCUGGCAGAAGGAACGAGCCAAUCGGCCGAGGUUCUGCGACGUGGUGGCCUCGCUCGAUAGGCUGAUCCGAAACCCCGCCUCCCUGAAGGCCACGAGCGCAGAGGGAGUCAGCGUGUCUCACCCCCUGUUGGACCAGCGUGUCCCCCCCCCCCUCUCGGCCUGUGGCUCGGUCUCUGAGUGGCUCCGGGCGAUAAAGAUGGAGCGAUACGAGGCCAGCUUCCUGUCCAACGGACUCUCCAGCCUGGACGCGGUGUCGCACCUCAACACCGAAGAUCUCCUCAGAGUGGGCGUGACCCUCGCCGGACACCAGAAGAAGAUCCUCUCCUCCAUUCAGACGCUCAGGAUACACAAAGCCCCGCCCACCCUCCUCUACUGACCAAUCCCAGCCAGACACCACUACACUCAGGACGCUGAGCCCGCCCUCUUUUACCUAACUUUUGACCAAUCAGAGAGCACCUCCUGAUAGUCUGACUGUGACGUUUAAAAAGCACAAGAAAAAUGAAACCCUAAAUAAUGAACGUACGGUUACUCAGGUGCAACAGGACCCCGCCUCCCUGGUUCAUCGGCCCGUCAGAGGCGAGGACAGGACCUGUGUCGGGCUGCUCAUCAUAACUGACACUGCGAUGCUUGUAUUCACUGCAAUAUAAAGUCAUAAAUUCACACUAAAUGUUGUACGCAAAAGCGACAAAAAGCCACCCCCCACCGCUCAGGUAAAAACCAAAGCUCCUCACACCCCAACCCUCCCAGCCAAUCAGCAUCAAGGAAAACCCCUAGCACAUUAAUGACACUCCAUGUGUUCUUCAUGCACUACGAACCAGCUGUUGCCACGACGACUGCAGAGACAUUUAGGAACCUCUUAGCACUCCUUAAGGAAUAUUCUGGGAUUUUAACCGAGGAAUUGUUGAGGCGAUUUCAAGGAACGUUGGGACCUCACAGGAAUUCAGAGAAUGUUGGUAUUCUCCAUAAAAAUGGGAUUAUUAGCUCAAAGGACUUCAGAACCGUUUUAAAAGAUUUACAAUGCAAUGUGUGACCAUGUUGCGGUCAGAUACCAGCAUCAAACUCUUCAAAAGCUGUGAGGAAUAUUCUGAGAUGGCUUCGGAAAACAAGGUUGAACUAUUUUUGGAAAUCUUUCAGAACUUGUUGGAACAACUUCACACGUAUUCCAAAGAUCCUGUCGGGUGUUCUCUAUGAACAUGGGAUUAUAAUCUGAAAGGACUUCCGGACGCACACGAAGGGCUCCCGCUGUGAUGUGGGAUGGUGUUGUGAUGGAGGUCCAGCAUCAAACUCUUCAAAAGCUGUGAGGAAUAUUCUGGGAUGGCCUCGGGAAGCAGCGGAGAACAUUUUCAGGAAAUCUUUGUGAAUCCUUGAGAUUCCCCGAACUUUUGUGGGAACCUUCAGAAGGUUCCAGUUUGUGUCCAGAUGAUGUGAUUCCUCAGGGGAUUAUGUUCCCUCGAGCAUUGGGGGGAACAUCAGGAAGACUUUGGGGAUAUUUACCCACUCUCUGAAGGACUACGAGUUUCUUUAUAAGUGGAUCUUAUUGUCCUGGAUCAGCACCCUAGCUUCUCCCUGGACCCAGUCGGUGGAUUCGGGAACGACCAAAGCUUUCGUCCAAAAGACGGGUUUUUGGGUUGAAUCCCUUUUUGAGCAUUUCAGUUUGAGCCUUGCUGAACAAACCACUGCGGGAAAGACGAGGCUUUGUGAAACUAAAGAUGUAUUAUGUCUUCAAAUAUCUGCGAGUUUCUGGACGUCUUUUCACAACAUAUUGUAACUGAUUUGUAUUUUAGCACUUUUCUAUACCUAAAUGGCGAAUAAGAGAUCAACGUUUUUAUACUAAAGUCGUUUUCUUUUUGUAAAGAAGAUUUUAUAAAAAAUAAUGAAAAAAAGAUUUGUCUUAUAUUUCAAAUCUCCCGGAGACGGAGGUUCGGGACCAAAGAUCGGAAGUCAGUCGUUCUGCGAAUAAUAUGUUUAAAACGCAUUUUUGAUGUUUGAGGUGUUGUCUUUUUGUCCUCUGUUAGCUUAGCAUUAGCUAAUGGGAAUGUUACUGAAAAAAGCAGAAAACCUUUUAGUCAUGUAAACGUCACCCUGGUGUUCAGUGUGGGAGCUACACCCGCCGUACGGAGUAGAUGCUCAUCGAGUGUCUCAGACUUUCAUCUCUGGCUCGAAGCUAACUCAUAAAAUAUAAACAUCCAUCACAUUUAAAUAUCUGAUCAAUAAUCUGGAGAAGAAGUCAGUCGGUUAAUGUCCGA